GCUUAUUUUAUUAAUAAUUAAAUGUUUUAUUAAUGCCACUUAGCUUUCUACUACAAAUAACCAUAUAUACCAAAUAUAAUCUAAAUUGUCUAUUCCGAAUGGUUUUUAUAAAUAUAUAGCCUUUGCUACAAACAACACUCACUACCGUAACUGUCUGUUCACCUCAUGAAGAGAAGAAGUGAAGAAGAAGAAGAAGAAACCAAAAAACCAGCUGAUUGUCAAAACAAAGUAAAAAAAUAAACAAAAAGAACCAACUUUUAGGGAGUGUUGUCUAUUAAUCAUCUUCAGAUUCUUCAUUAAUACCGUACCAGAAAUAGAACACCGAAAUUUAAACGUACCAGCACCACAAUGAUGAGUCGUAAACCCAAUUAUGGGUCAAUCACAGACCCAGAGGUGGGCUACAGCGGCUUACCUCCCAACAGUGAGACAUACACCGAAUUUAACAGUUUAUGUGACGAUAUUGCCACAAACCUGUACACUAUCAAUUCAAGUAUUAAUAUUCUCCAAGAAAACUUGAAGCUCAUCGGAUCAGCCAGGGAUAAUGUAGGAAUAAGGAAUAAAAUACAUAUUACUCAACUCAGUGCCAACCAAGUCGCUUCCCGGUGUACAAAAGAUAUAAGCAAACUGAAGCUGAAAUUGAGUACAAAAGCACUGAAAAAUGAUAAGCAGAGGAAGCUGCAAGCCGAUAAGCUCGAUGAAGACUUUAGGGAUACUGUUAACAAGUAUUAUGCAUUGCAGAAGCAACUGGCAGAUAAACAGAAAGCAAACCUUUUACUCACACAAACGGUGGAGCACACACCCUCGGACGAUGAUGACCAGGAAAAUGACGCUCAACAAAAACAAUCCCAACUCACCAGAGAACUUCAGUUCGAACAAGAACUGAUGCUGGAAAGGGAGGAACGUAUUAAGCAAAUCGAAUCCGAUAUGCUCGAUAUUAACCAGAUUAUGAGGGAGUUGGGAGCUGUGGUACACGAACAAGGAGAUACUAUAGCGACGAUCGAGAGCCAAAUAGACCAUGCGGCCGGAAGCGUGACAGAAGGGGCGGGACAGUUAAAAAGUGCGGCCGGAUACCAAAAUAAAUAUCGAAAAAAGUUACUUGUUUUAGUUAUUAUCGCCACAAUUAUCGCCGUUAUAUUGAUUUCUGUAUUAGUAACUCAGUUGAAGAAGUAAGUUCAUCUGACAUUCAUAUUAAUAUUAUUAGUAUUAUAAUCUCUAUUGUAAAACCCUAAAAUAAGCCGUUUAUUAAGUUUUAUAAUAUUUUAUUAUGCAAGAUUUGUAAUGUUUGAAUCUGACAAUAUAUAUAAACAAUCAAUACGUUAA